AUGGGUAGACCUUUGGCAGAAGCAAUCAAAAUAGGGGAGAUGGUCGAAAAUGGACUCAAGACUGGCAGAAUUGUAAGUCAAGCUGCUCUCAAGGCUACCACCCAAGCUAUCCAAAUGGGUCGGGAGGUUUGGAAAAUAGAAAGAAGAGAGAUGAAGGGUACAGGCACCAGCUCCAAGGGCCCCCGACCUCAACAGCAAAAUUUUCGGGCACCAUACAAUGCUCGUCCCAAGCAGGAUUAUGGUCGAGAUCAGAGACCAGCAGAAAAAUUCACUCCAUUGGCCGAAUCAUACUCUAGUCUAUUCCAGAAGCUGAAGCAAAUGGGCGUGAUUGGACCCAUCACUCCCCACCAUAUGCAUCCUGAUUCACAUGGAUUUCAAGCAAAUGCUAGAUGUGAAUAUCAUUCAGGUGCCUCGGGGCAUAGCACUGAUGACUGUUGGACUUUGAAAAGAGCCAUAGAGAGACUCAUUUCUGAAAAAUUGAUUGUAGUGAAAAAUGGCGAGGACCCUCCUAAUGUGACAAACAACCCAUUGCCAGCACAUAAUGAUGCUCAUUUUGUGGGAAUGAUUGGCCGAGAUCAAGAAUACAAGACGGUCAGUCAAGCAAAAAUGACAGUGGGAGCAAUUCAAGAAGGAACAAGUUUGAAAGUAAGUUCAAGCCGAGAUGUGCCGUUGAUUGUGAAAGGCGCCCCGAACUCAGAAAAGGUAACUUUAUGUGUGCCUAAGGUAUCAAGGUUGGAGGUUCGCUCCAAUGUUCCAAGCCCAAGGUUGUACGUCCUUGGAGGCCAUCCCAAUACAAAGCACAAUCAGGGUGGUACGAGUGGCAUAACAGAGCCGAUCAUAAUCAAACCUGUCGUGCAACCCCCUGUGACAAAUACAAAAAGCACUCCUUGGAACUACAACAAAACUGUGAUGACCUACAAAGGCAAGGAAAUCAUAGAGGAAGUGGGGGAAACUGGAGGUUUGACUCGAUCGGGGAGAUGUUACUCUCCAGAAGAGUUGAGGAAGGCCAAGCAAAUCAGAGGAGGUCAAUUGCCAAUAAAGAAACCAGUCACUGAAGCAGAGGCGGAAGAGUUUUUGAAAAAGAUGAAAGUUCAGGAUUACUCAAUCAUUGACCAGCUAAGAAAGACUCCUGCCCAAAUCUCUCUACUAUCUUUGCUCAUACAUUCCAAAGAGCAUGCCCGUGUACUAAUCAAGGUCCUAAACGAAGCACAUAUCUCAGAGGAGACCACAAUGAAUCAGUUAGAGAGAAUGGACAACAGAUUUUUUGAGGUGAACAGAAUCUCCUUUACUGAUGAUAAACUUCCCGAGGAGGGAGCCGGGCACAAUAGGGCUUUGAACUUGAUGGUCAAAUGUGAGGGGCAUUAUGUAAAGCGAGUCAUGGUUGAUGGAGGCUCAAGUGUAGAUGUAUGCCCUCUCUCUAUCUUGCAAAGCAUGAAGAUCAAUACCGACUGA